GGCAACCGUACCAGAAACCUCACCCACCCUCCCACUAGUGAAGUGGAUUUUUGGCGCUAUCCUGAAAAGACGGCGCCUUGCCUCCUCUAGGCUCCAAGGCACUUCACCGCAUAAGCUCUCCCAAUAUAUGGACCUACCGGACCACCAUAUAUCAUUUACCGAAAAGUCCUGUCCGUAAAGACAAGGCCGCUACGUACGGUCAUCUAUAUACAUACAGCGAGAAUCUAGCAGGAAUUCAGCAACGACCCCACCAGUUCUCCGAAGUCGUUGAGCCCUACGGCCCUUUAUCAUCAAGCCACUACUACCUUAAUACCCUAAUCUCUAAAGGCCAACAAACAGAACUACUCCGAGCCAUGGCGGGCGAUACUCUGGCACCACCGAUAUUAGUGGUAGACACACGAACACGCCCAAGGAGCGACACGAACGAGACUAGAGCCGUCACCCCCUCUGGCUCUUUCGUAUCGAAUGUCUCGACCAUAUCAAAUCCAUUCCUGACCCCUUCCGCUUCCAACAGCCCGUUUCUAACGCCACCUCAGUCAGACUGUGGGUCAAGCGUGUUGACGGUGGAUCCGGCAGCCACUCUCCGACCGGAUCCCGGCGCCGAGGACGAUUUCCACGUUGACAACAACCCGUUUGCGUUCAGCCCCGGCCACUUAGACAGGCUCCAGGACCCUAAAUCACUACCCGCGUUCUGCGCGUUGGGUGGCCCUCAAGGGAUAGCACGCGGCUUGCAAACGGAUCUCCACGCCGGUCUCAGCAUCGACGAGACGUCGGCACCGUCAUCCAUCACAUUCGAGCAGGCCGUCAGAAGGACGUCCGAUAAAUUCCCGGCGUCGGAAAUCCUGACAUCUCCCCCCGGUUCCGGCGCCUUCGUCGAUCGCAUACGCGUCUUCGGGAAAAACGUGCUGCCGGCGAAGAAAGCCACACCGAUAUGGAUAUUGAUGUGGAAUGCUUACAACGACAAGGUCAUCAUCCUACUAACCGUGGCUGCGGCCAUCUCCCUCGCCCUCGGCCUCUAUGAAACAUUUGGAACCCCCAAGGAGCCAGGGGCACCCCCAUCUGUCGACUGGGUCGAGGGUGUGGCGAUCAUCAUAGCCAUCCUCAUCGUCACGCUCGUGGGGUCGCUGAACGAUUGGCAAAAAGAGCGGGCAUUUGUCAGGCUAAAUGCGAAGAAAGAGGAUCGAGAGGUCAAGGUCGUCCGGUCUGGGAAGUCGUUUAUGAUUAAUGUUCACGAUAUCCUCGUCGGAGACGUCAUCCACCUCGAGCCGGGUGACCUAGUUCCCGUCGACGGCAUCUUCAUCGACGGACACGACCUCAGAUGCGACGAAUCGUCAGCAACUGGAGAGUCCGACGCCAUCAAAAAGACCCCAGGCGAGCAAGUGAUGUCACAAUUAGAAUCCGGCGCAGACCCCAAAGGUCUCGACCCCUUCAUCAUUUCUGGCUCGAAGGUGCUCGAGGGUGUCGGCACAUUCAUCUGCACCGCAGUCGGCGUGAACUCGAGCUUCGGUAAGAUCAUGAUGUCGGUACGAACUGAGAUCGAAGCGACUCCGCUCCAAAAGAAGCUCGAGCGGCUCGCAGUCGCUAUCGCUAAGCUUGGAGGCGCAGCAGCUAUCCUACUCUUCUUUGUCUUACUCUUCCGCUUCGUCGGCGGACUAUCCACAGACACUCGCACAAGUUCGGUGAAGGCCUCAGUCUUCUUGGACAUCCUGAUUGUGGCUGUCACCAUCAUCGUCGUGGCUGUGCCAGAGGGUCUGCCUCUGGCCGUGACACUGGCGCUAGCCUUCGCCACCACCCGGCUCCUCAAGGAGAAAAAUCUCGUGCGCGUGCUACGCGCGUGUGAGACGAUGGGCAACGCCACGGCGAUCUGUUCGGAUAAGACUGGCACGCUGACCACCAAUAAGAUGACCGUCGUCGCGGGCACCUUUGGCCAAUCGAGUUUCGCAAAAUCGGAGGUUGAGAAGCCCGGCACCCGAAACGUUUCACAAUGGGCAUCUGAGCUAGCACAGGCGACUAAGGAUGUCGUAGUGCAGUCGGUCGCCGUCAAUUCUACGGCGUUCGAGGGCGAGGAAGCCGGCCAGUUUACCUUCAUCGGCUCCAAGACUGAGACCGCGCUCCUCCAGCUCGCGAAGGACCACCUGGGGAUGCAGUCGCUGGCCGAGGUUCGAGCCAACGAGCAAGUCGUUCAGAUGAUGCCUUUCGACUCGGCCAAGAAGUGCAUGGGCGCAGCUAUCAAGCUGCGAGAUGGCUCGGGGUACAGGCUCUUAGUCAAGGGGGCCUCGGAAAUCCUGCUCGACUACUGCAGCCAGAAGGCAGAUAUCGAUUCGCUCGACGCAAGCGAACUCACCGACGGCGAUCGCAUAGAAUUAGGGUCGCUUAUUAGAACCUACGCAAAGGGGUCGCUGAGAACCAUCGGAAUCGUGUACAAGGAUUUCACGCAGUGGCCCCCAGCUGGUGCAGAGCUGGAAGAUGGCCACGUUCAAUUUCAUACGGUCCUCAACAACCUCGUUUGGCUCGGCCUCGUCGGCAUCCAAGAUCCUGUCAGGCCUGGCGUCCCCGAGGCGGUCCGCAAGGCGCAAAAUGCCGGUGUUGUGGUCCGCAUGGUAACCGGCGACAAUGCGGUUACUGCGCAAGCAAUUGCUACGGAAUGCGGUAUCUACACGGGUGGCCUCAUCAUGGAAGGUCCCGAGUUCAGAAAACUUAGCGAGAAGGAGAUGGAUAGCAAGCUGCCGAGCUUACAGGUGCUGGCGCGAUCAUCGCCCGAGGAUAAGAGAAUCCUGGUUGCUCGGCUCAAGGCUCUCGGAGAGACGGUAGCCGUCACUGGAGAUGGCACUAACGAUGCGCCGGCCCUCAAGACCGCCGACGUCGGUUUCUCGAUGGGAAUUUGCGGAACCGAGGUGGCUAAGGAGGCUUCGGAGAUCGUACUGAUGGAUGACAACUUCACUUCUAUUCUUACCGCCCUCAAGUGGGGACGGGCGGUCAAUGACUCUGUGCAGAAGUUCCUUCAGUUUCAAAUCACGGUUAACAUCACCGCCGUGCUCCUGGCCUUUAUCUCCGCCGUCGCCGAUCCGGACAUGCACUCCGUGCUCACCGCCGUUCAGCUCUUAUGGGUGAACCUCAUCAUGGACACCUUUGCCGCGCUCGCGCUCGCCACUGAUCCGCCCACCGAACGAAUCCUCGAUCGCAAGCCGCAGCCGAAGAGCGCCCCGCUCAUCACGACGAAUAUGUGGAAGAUGAUCAUCGGGCAGGCAAUCUUCCAGUUGGCCGUCACGCUCGUCCUCCACUUCGCCGGUGCCCAGAUCCUCGGCUACGACCGGAGCAACACGACCCAGAGGCUGGAGCUUAACACCAUGGUCUUCAACACGUUCGUCUGGAUGCAGAUCUUCAACGAGUUCAACAACCGGCGCCUCGACAACAAGUUCAACAUCUUCGAAGGCGUCCACCGCAACCAGUUCUUCAUCAUUAUCAACAUCAUUAUGGUCGGUGCGCAGAUCGCGAUCGUGUUCGUCGGCGGCGCCGCUUUCGAGAUCACCGCUAUUAACGGCACGCAGUGGGCCAUCUGCGUCGUCGCCGCGGCGGUCUCGCUCCCGUGGGCCGUCGCGAUCCGGCUUUUCCCCGACGCCUGGUUCGCCAAGAUCGCCGCCACCGUCGGCGCGCCGGUCGUCGUAGUGUACCGGUUUCUAGCUAAGCUGUGCCGCAAAGUCGGUUUCGUGUUCAGCAGGCUAUGGAGGAGGGGAGGGAAGGAGACGGCGGACUCGCUGUCAGAGAAGAAGGAAGAGACAAAUACCAACGCCGCGGCUCAGGGGCAGGAAUCCGCCCCCGAAAUUGUCGUGUGGGAGGGCAACGACAACGAGCGCGCAAAACCGAGCCCCGAAAUACGCGUGCACGAUCCGGAGCUGGGGCAACGAUAGACGGUUUGGGAUUAAUAGGAGAGGGGUUAAAAGUGAGGAGUUUGGGAUAGAGGCUAACACGGGUUCUGAUUUAUUUAUAUAUGCCUACGUGUACAUUAUGUAUAUACGGCUGGUGUCGGU